CGCGUUGUGUGCUAUCAGUCGCAACGUGUUCGGUGUGUAGUAUACAAGUACUCUGUUGGUUUUGUGGUGUUAGUCGUUUAUCAAGUCGUAUUCAUACGAUUUAAGCGAUUUUUUUUUGUAAAAUCGUGUUACUUAUAAUUUUUGUUGUUAAUAAAUAUUUUUUUUUGUUGUAUUCGAUACUGCAAACAUAUGGCGAAUUUCCACCACAAAUACCGCCGUUUUAUUGUUAUAUUCAAUGGAUAUUAUAAUGGAUAUUCGAUAUCCGGUCGUUAAAAUUUUAAAUCUCCAUUUAAAAGUUGAAUUGCACUGAAUACAUUUUUCGAGUUCUUAAUUUGACAAGAUAGCUGCAUAUUAUAAAAUGACAAAUAUUGGACGAAUUCGAACUGUGGUGCUGGGAAGUUCACGGGUUGGAAAAUCUGCUGUCACAGUGCGAUAUUUGACGAAGAGAUAUAUUGGAGAAUAUAGCUCAAAUACUGACCUACUCUAUAGACACGAUGUGACGUUCGAUAGCGUUCUUACAGAAGUGGAAAUACUCGACACAUGCAAAUGCUCAACCACAUGUCUAUUCGAUCACAUCCGGUGGGGAGAUGCGUUCGUCAUAGUCUACAGUGUAGUAGAUUGGUCGAGUUUCAUCGAAGCACAAGACCUUCUGGAUAAACUGUCAAAGCUCAAAUUGCCAUCGUAUUUCGCUACUCUCUUAUUAGGCAACAAAAGAGACUUGGACCAUUCCAGGUGUGUUGCGGUGGACGCUGGCCAGGAGCUGUCACUGCGGUUCGGAUGUCAGUUCUACGAGGUUAGCGCUGCUGAAAACUUUGCCGGAGUGUCUCUGGCGUUCCACUCGUUAUUGCGAGAGACUCGGGCCGUCCAGCUGCUCCGAGGAUUGCCAAUAAGGCGCAAGUUAGGCGUGAACAGCGUGUCUAAAGUAUUAGGUACGAUAUUCGGCAAGAACAGCAGCAAAAGGGACAGGAAGAAACGACCGUCGUUGAGUAUAUGACCCGCGUGGGCGCCUGUGACGUGGACGGCCAACGAUGCGGCCAACGCCACUCUCACGCUGUAAAAAUCAACUCGCACAACACACAAAACAUGAUAUUGUUAAUAUUAUUCGUGUUAAAUGACUAUCAAAUAAUUAUCUCAAAGUUGAGAGAUGUUGAUAGUAAUAUUGAGUUACGGUAAAUUCUAAUCACUUGACGUGUAGGAAUUCUUAAUCUAAUUACUGAAGUGUCCAAGACCUGGGUGGAGCAUAACCGUCAAAUGGAAUUUUAACAAAGUCUACUUAAGUCAAUUUAGAAAUCUUUCUUGGAAUUGUAACAAUUUAAAGCACCCACCUAAUAUAUUAAGAGCAAACCGCAUAAUUAUGUAUUAUGAGUGGUUUAAAUUUACUAAAGUAAAUAUGUUGUCUCGUUAAUUACCAAACAAAGUUUAUAUGAGCCUAAAAGCUUAGACGAUAGAAAUUUUUUAAUUUUCGAGCUAUGUGAAGGUUGCUAUCCAUGAAAAUAUUGUUCAACGAUUUUCCGCAGUGAUAGCUGUUGUGUUUGUGAUAACUUAAAGAAUUCUUUUGCACAACGGAAAAUGUAAUGCUCAAAUUAGUUACAAUGUGUACGAACAUUUUAUUGUAAAUUAUGUGUAUUUAAUCGAUUAUUGUUAUUCCUAACAAUAGCAGCAUUCAUGAAUUUAUAUUAAAUAUUUUAUAGCAUUGUCGAGUCGAUGAAUUUUACAACUUAUGUACGAAGUAUUAAUUAAUUUCGGUAAUUAAUGAGAGAUGUUCAUAGAUUGUUAAAUUAACUAUUACAAAAAUAUUUGUUAAGCAACUAUGAUAAUAUUAAACUUGUAUUUUUUGGUUACUCAAUAAAUUACGUGAUCUCAUAAAGUUAUAUUUAAGAAAGUAUGUUUUUUUUUUUUUUUUUUAUUGUAAAAUAUUAAUGAUUAUAUGACAAACUAUUUAAUUAAUUUACCAUCACAAAAAACACUAGUUAUUUAGCUUAUUCUCUUAUGUUUUGUUAUUGUUCUAUCAAAAAAUUAAGAUAUUAUCGAGUUAUGUAACAAUUCAUAUGAAAAAGCCGACAAAUAUUUUAAUAAAUAUAUCAUAUGUGUAUUGAGUAAUACUUAUUUAGUUUUUUAUUUAUUAGUUUUUUCUAUUACACUGAUUCACAAAAAUUAUUAAUUCAUUUUUAAAGUUUGUACAAUAAUUCUUAAAAGUGAUAACAGUUUAUUUUUAUCCCAAAUCUGUGUAAACCUUCCCAUCUAAAAUAUUAAAUUAAUUUAAGAACUUAUGUUUUUUUAUAUAAUAUAUUAUACUACUUGGGUUAAGGUACUUUACUGAUAUGAUAAAUGUUUUGUAUAAAUAAGCGUUUUUUU